GUAUCAAGACGAAGGGAAGCCUCGAGAUGGAGGCCAUGGGUGAUUUAAAGCAAAUAUUGACAAUCUAGAUACAGGUUGGGGACAUUUCUUAUUGUAUUUUCGUAAAGAGAAUACAAACGUCUCCACGAGGAAGAGUCGUGAAUUAAAUAUAGCUAUAUAGACUCAGUCAGCACUGGAUAUUUUGGGCUUGGCUGAACAGUCACCAUGGCGACAGACAUCGGCUCUCCACCCCGAUUCUUUCACAUGCCCCGGUUCCAGCACCAGGCACCACGGCAGCUCUUCUACAAGAGGCCUGAUUUCGCUCAGCAGCAGGCCAUGCAACAGCUCACCUUUGAUGGCAAACGCAUGAGAAAAGCUGUGAAUCGCAAGACCAUCGACUAUAACCCCUCAGUUAUCAGAUACCUCGAGAAUCGGCUGUGGCAGCGAGAUCACCGAGAUUUUCGUGCCAUCCAGCCAGAUGCAGCUUGCUUUAAUGAUCUUGUUCCUCCUGUGGGUAUGCUAAAUAACCCCAUGAAUGCAGUCACCACCAAGUUUGUCAGGACAUCCACAAAUAAAGUCAAAUGUCCCGUGUUUGUUGUACGGUGGACUCCUGAAGGCAGGCGACUUGUAACAGGUGCCUCCAGUGGGGAAUUUACUUUGUGGAAUGGCCUCACCUUCAACUUUGAGACAAUUUUACAGGCUCAUGACAGCCCUGUUAGGGCAAUGACCUGGUCUCACAACGACAUGUGGAUGUUAACUGCUGACCACGGCGGCUACGUCAAGUAUUGGCAGUCCAACAUGAACAACGUCAAGAUGUUCCAGGCCCACAAGGAGGCGAUUAGAGAGGCCAGUUUCUCUCCUACGGAUAAUAAAUUUGCCACUUGCUCUGAUGAUGGAACUGUACGCAUCUGGGACUUUCUCCGCUGCCAUGAGGAAAGAAUUCUAAGAGGCCACGGAGCUGAUGUGAAAUGUGUUGAUUGGCAUCCCACCAAAGGCUUGGUGGUGUCCGGUAGCAAGGACAGCCAGCAGCCUAUCAAGUUCUGGGACCCAAAGACAGGCCAGAGUCUGGCAACACUGCAUGCCCAUAAAAACACAGUCAUGGAGGUGAAGUGGAAUCUCAAUGGCAACUGGCUGCUGACAGCAUCACGUGACCAUUUGUGCAAAUUGUUUGACAUCCGUAACCUGAAGGAAGAGCUGCAGGUGUUCAGAGGUCAUAAGAAGGAAGCUACAGCUGUUGCCUGGCACCCUGUCCAUGAGGGCCUUUUUGCAAGUGGAGGUUCUGAUGGGUCUCUUCUGUUCUGGCAUGCAGGGGUGGAGAAGGAGGUGGGUGGUAUGGAGAUGGCUCAUGAGGGCAUGAUCUGGAGCUUAGCUUGGCACCCUCUUGGCCAUAUCUUGUGCUCAGGGUCCAAUGACCACACAAGCAAAUUUUGGACCAGGAACCGACCAGGUGACAAAAUGCGUGAUCGAUACAACCUGAACCUUCUGCCAGGAAUGUCAGAGGAUGGGGUGGAGUAUGAUGACAUGGAGCCCAACAGUGUUGCGGCCAUUCCUGGCAUGGGGAUCCCGGAGCAACUGAAAGCAGCCAUGGAGCAGGAGCAAACCAUAGGUAAAGACGCGGCACCAGAGGCAGAGAUGAGCAUUCCAGGCCUUGACUGGGGAAUGGAUGAGGUCAUGCAAAAAGAGCAGAAGAAACCUCCAACCAAGAAGGUUCCCUAUGCAAAACCAAUUCCUGCACAGUUCCAACAGGCCUGGGCGGAGAAUAAGGUGCCAACAAUGGCUCCUGGAGAGAUACCCACAGAGGGCAAGGAUGAAAAGAAAGUGGACGGCAAGAAGAAAACCCAGGCAGAGAUUGAGCAAGAGAUGGCUGCACUGCAGUACACAAAUCCCAUGCUGCUGGAACAACUGAAGAUUGAGCGAAUGGCUCAGCUUCAAGAGCAGGGCCUGCCACCUCCUGGUGGUCAGCCAGGAGCCAUGCCACCCUUUCCUGGGCAGGGUGGCCCAAUGGCCCCACCUCCACAAGGUUUUCCUCAGUCCAUGCCACCCCAGCAAAUGCCCCACAACAUGCCUCCUAUGGGUGGAAUGCCUGGUCCAUUCAUGCCUCCUGGCCAAAUGGGACCUCCAGGCCCUCCUCCUCACCAGGGCCCUCCUCCCCAGGGCAUGAUGGGACCCCCAGAUCUUCAUGGACCGCCACGCCACCCUGGUUCUCAUAGGAACAUAGGUCCCCAAGGCCCCCAUGGCAUGCCGCCAGGACCCAGGAGUAUGCAAGGGCCUCCUGGAGGGAUGCCCACAGGACCUGCUGGGCCAGCAGGCGGCAUGAUGGGACCGCCACCUCGGGGCCAAGGGCCACCACAGGGAGGCAUGAUGCAUCAAGACAUGCGGGGCCCUGCACCCCACAGCAGCAUGAUGGGCCCUCAGGGACCCAUGCCAGGAGGUAUGAUGGGGCCUCCACCCAGAACUCAUGGCAGUAUCGCAGGCAUGGGGAACAUGCAUGGAAUGGGGCCCCUUCCAGGAGGAAUGCACGGACCUCCAAACAAUAUGCAGGGACCCCCAGGCAACAUGCAGGGACCUCCUCCAUACAUGCAGCAGGGCAAGCUGCCCCACAUGGGUGAUGGAAACAGAGGGCAGUUCAGCCAGGGCCAGAAUUCUGGCCCCCAGUCAAUGAUGCAUGCUAUGGGACAGCAAGGACCCAGUGGCAAAGAUGGGCCUCGUGGGCUUCCCAACCACCAUAUGGGACCACUGCCUGAUCGUCAGGGCCCUGGGGGUCCAGGUGGACCAGGCCAGGGCUCAGACGGCGGGGGUCAGUAUUGGGGGGACGAUGGAGGCUACCAGGAGGGCUGGAGAAGGGGUCCUGGGGGACCAGUGCAGGAGUACCACGGGGAUCCCCGGAGUCACAGAGGAAGCUCUGUAGGGCAAUGGGAAAACCAGGAGCGGUUCCCGCCCCAUGAUGGGGAAUAUGGUGGACUUGACAGGUACGACGGAUACGAGGGGGAGGAGUUUGAUCAGAGACAGAGGCGAGCUCCACAUGCAGAUGACUCUUACAGGAGAGGUGGUCCAAGUGGGCGUGGAGGUAGAGGGGGUUUCCAAGAUGAGUAUGGAGGAGACGAGAGCUUCGACUCUCAGGAUGAAAUGGGUCAAGGCUGGGGAGGUGGAGGCCGAGGAAGGCCACGUGGAGGUCCACCACGGGGAGGUGGUGUAGGAAGAAAGGGGCUUCUGCCAACUCCCGAUGACUAUCCACCUCACUAUGAAGGAGGACGGAACCAAGAGAGUUGGGAGGGAGGCCGAGACUCAGGUCAUGAAGGUUAUCGGGACAACCCACGAGGAGAGCACAGCAUGCAUGAUAGUCCAUCUCCAGCCAGCAGGGAGCGCUCCUCUUCUCUGCAGGGUAUGGACAUGGCUUCAUUGCCACCUCGCAAACGUCCGUGGCAUGAUGGCCCCGGUACUGGAGACAUGGACUCACCGGGUGGUGGACCUGAUGACAGAGGGGCAGGCCGGCCUUCACCUCGAGAGGAGGGUGGUUACGGCCCUCCGUCCAGGGGAGGUAGAGGUGGUUGGGGUCGUGGUGGACCCCCUAACACAGGUGGUGCAGGUGCCAACACUGGUCCAACGACCAGGCGUGGAGCUGCCCGUGGUGCACUGAGAGGGGGCCGUGGACGGUAGAAGUUAAAUCCACAUUCCCCUCAGGACAGUAGGUGGCACUGUGGAAUACAUGGAGGACAUAGACCUAAACAGCUAAAUGCAGCUGUUCCAUGAGUUCUGCUUUCUCAGUGGAUUUUGGUAAAUGUCUUUGCCCACAACUACAUGGACCUUACAGCCCUUUCCAAUUUGCCCCGAGGUGCCUGUGACUCCACCUCUUGGUGCUGACUGGUUGCGUAGACAAUAAUGGGAUUAUAUAAUUGGUUGAGGCCUGUGAGUUCUGAUUUCACCUUUUUUCAGCCGUUAUUGCUCAAGCUGACUGGAUGGAUCCAAUCUUGGACACUUCACAUGCAUCACUGAUAAGAGACUAGUUCACACCAGUGACUCAUGGUGUUCUUUUCCUUUGGGGACUCUCAAACAAUCUUCUCCCAAAAUGCCCCUCCUGUGUAAAAUGGAGCCAAACUCUCAUCUGACUCAACAACUUCCACUGGACUCCUGUGGGCUCAAAGUUUUGAGGUUGUAAGGGGGGGAAAAAGCACUAUGUGCACUACUGUCCUUAACUUAAGGACUACCUUAACCUCAACUCCUGUCUCCCAGUCCAGCAAAUGAUAUAAAGGAACACGGGACUUUUUAAAGUUUCUUCCUCUAAGUGCUCAGUUCCUCCUGUUUGAUUUAAUUUUAUGUAAAAUAAUGGAGAAGCUCAUUCUGUAACAUUACCAGGCAGCUCCUGAGUCCUGAGGCUGCCGACUUUGUUUCAACAUGUACAGUUUGUCAGAAGGUUAUUGUAUUGUUUUGUCCGUUUUUUUGUAUGAGACUACAAUAGAAGUUGUGCAAGAUUUAUAUCAA